CUACACCCCGUGGAAAUUCAACACAUGAUCUCUAUUUUCAUCAUGCUCCAAAAGGACUGUUUCAAAUGGUGCAACAAAUUCCCUUUAUGGUCGGGCUCAGGCAGUGUAAUCGGACAUGUGGUGUGUCUAAUUAUGUGAUUUUACCACUGCACAGUGUUUCUGCUGCACAUGUACAGAGGUCAUUGCAUAAAAAGUCACAGCACUAUGGAUAAUCUCCAGAAGAGGAAUCUAACAUUUUUUACCAUUGGACUAAUAUUUAUGCUCAGCGGCAUCGAAUAUGCUGUCAUUCUGCCUACAAUAUGGCGAUAUCUCCAGAUCCUAGAGGCGCCUCCAUAUUUCUUGGGUCUGGGUCUGUCUGCUUUCAGUCUAAGCGGGCUUCUCACUGGACCACUGUUUGGCUGCUGGUCAGACCGCAGCAGAACCACCAAGGCUAUUAUUCUUUUUGCCAAUCUUUUUGAGAUUGCUGGUAACUUCAUGUAUUUUAUCGGCUAUUCCAAGUGGCUGUUAGUAGGCAGUCGUCUUGUGACAGGUGUCGGCGUAGGAGCGGGAUCCUCCAUCUUCGGUUUCCUGACUCAGAGCACCCGGCCAGAGGAACGAGCCAGUGUCUUUGCGGCCAUCAUGGCCAGUCGACAAGUUGGCCUACUUGUGGGGCCGGCGUUCAACCUGUUUCUGCGGCUGUGUAAUUUCAAACUUGGACCCUUUGUUGUCAACAAGUUUACAUCUCCUGGGCUCUUCAUGUGCUUGUUGUGGUUGCUGCUCCAGUUUGUGGUCCUGGCAAUCUACUGGGAUUUACCGGACAUUGACACCACAGAGGGGGCAGUCCUGAUGAUAGACAUGAAACUGGAGGAAGACGAGGUGGAUGAAGUCGAGCCUCUGAUUGGAUCGGAUGGUAUGCAGGUGCACACUUACAAAGCUGUCAACGCCAACCGGUUGGAGUCCCCCACUUCAUCUGAAAUGCAAACUCUCCACGAGGCCUCCUCAGUUGGAUCCAAAGCGUUAGGUAACUUCAGCAUGAGUGGAGAGUUCCUGAGGGAGGAGGUGAUUGUUCUUCUCACAGCUCAGUUCAUCACUCUCUUCAAUCAGACUGCGCUGGAGACCAUGGUGACUCCUCUGACGCAACGCUACUUCGGCUUCGACGAGUUGGGCAACAGUGUGAUGUACAGCCUGUGUGGGGUGGAAGUCAUCCUGGGCUUCCUCUUUGUUCGCUGGCUGAGCGGGAAGGUGGCCGACCGUGCAGUGCUGGCUGUGGGCCUGGUCAUCUGUUGCACCGCCUGUAUCUGGUGCCUCGUGUUCCUCUGCAACCUCCGAGGCAGCUACGAGUGGAAGCUGUCGGCCUUCAUUAUUGGAGUGUUCCUGCAGCUGUUGGGGCUCCCGUUUGUGGCAGUGUCUCAGGUGUCUCUCUUCUCCAAAGUCACAGCGGAGAAAACACAAGGGUUUAGCCAAGGUGUAAGACGAUCAGUCGGGGGCCUGGCCACCAUCUUGGGUCCUUUGUGGGCUGGAGGCUUGACCAAUCAUUUAUACAUAAUGAUAGGCAUGAUGUUGGGUCUCCUCUUAUUGGUCGCAUUUAUGACGGCGUUGUCGUACGGCCGCCUGACUCAGCCGAGAGUUGCGCAGAGUGCACGGAGCUCCGACAGUGGGGGAUAGACGGAAAGAGCCGGAAAAGGCUUCACACAGAGGGGAAGGCCCUUCAUCUCCGAGAAGAGAGAUGAAGGGCAGGAGGACUGCGGAGGAAAAAC